AUGGACGCUUCCGAGUUGCACGACGCCAACAUGGUCGAUGAGACCGGCUCUGACACCCUCAACAUGAUGGAUGAUGUCGACAUCGAGACGACGCCCAAGACCGAAGAGGAGUACGCCCAGUCGAUCCUGACUCUCCGCGCCAUCGUUUCUUCCAAGGAGGCCGGCAUCAUCAUCGGCAAGGCUGGCAAGAACGUCGCCGAUCUGCGUGAUGAGACUGGUGUCAAGGCCGGUGUCAGCAAGGUCGUCCCCGGUGUUCACGAUCGCGUUCUGACCGUGACCGGUGCUCUGAACGGUACCGCCCGCGCCUACGCUCUGGUGGCCAAGGGCCUGCUCGAGGGCGCCCCGCAGAUGGGUAUGGGUGGCGUUGUGUCCAACAAUGGAACCCACCCCGUGCGACUUUUGAUCUCUCACAACCAGAUGGGCACCAUCAUCGGACGCCAAGGCCUGAAGAUCAAGCACAUCCAGGACGCGUCGGGCGUACGCAUGGUCGCGCAGAAGGAAAUGCUCCCCCAGUCGACCGAGCGGAUCGUCGAAGUGCAAGGAACCCCCGAGGGAAUCGAGAAGGCCGUCUGGGAGAUCGGAAAGUGCCUCAUCGACGACUGGCAACGCGGCACCGGCACCAUCCUGUACAACCCCGCCGUCCGCGCCUCCGUCGGUACCAGCACCAGCCCCGUCCAGCAGAACGUCGGCAAUGGCUACAACAGCCGCCCCUACAACCGCACCGGCAAUGGUGCUGACUUCAGCGACCAGUCCGGCGGCGGUGGUUACGGCAGACGGUCCAACCCCGACACCAGCAACCGUGGCUACCCGCUCGUCACCGAGGACGGCGAGGAGAUCCAGACACAGAACAUCAGCAUCCCGGCGGACAUGGUCGGAUGCAUCAUCGGCCGCGGUGGAACCAAGAUCACCGAGAUCCGCAGGAGCUCUGGAGCUCGGAUCUCCAUCGCCAAGGCCCCCCACGACGAGACGGGCGAGCGCAUGUUCACCAUCAUGGGCAGCGCUGGGGCCAACGAGAAGGCUCUGUACCUUCUGUACGAGAACCUCGAGGCCGAGAAGACCCGCCGCAGUCAGCUCCCUCAGGAGUAA